AACAAUGACGUCCAACAAGACCACUCGUCGACUCCUCCUCUCCCUCUUCCCUCUACUGGUGCUCGUGAAGCCAAGCUCCGCCUACCAGCGCUUCCAGGAGCUGAUCCCUAACGGUGGGCGUGUCCCAAGCCCGUGUGAUGGACAGCCGGUAUGGCAGGGAGUGGGGCACAUCACCAAAGACGGGGGCUCUCAGCGGAAUCAGUUUGGCAUUGAUUUCCUCAGUCAAGGACAGAGUUUUGCGAGCGCCAUCCGGGUCGAGCCAGGAGACGAACUUCGGACCACCUGCGUGUACAAGAGGACCGCUACCCCUGAACCAGUCUGCUGGGGGGAGGCAACUUCGGAUGAGAUGUGUUUCGGAUUCCUCACUUACUUCCCUUUGCAGCUCUCUCAGGGCGACAUCGGUACUUACAUGGUCGAUCGCUUCAAGAAGGGCGGGGGCGACACCGCUAAAUUGUUCCUGGACGCAGUGGUCAGCUGCUCGUGUCGUCACUUCGACUACUGUGACACGAAGUACAAGAAUGGGAUUCUGGGAGCCAAACAGGAACAGUUUUGUCCAGUCCCAGACUCAGCCUCCAGCAUGCGCCAGUCAACUGUGAUCUCCCUGUGUGCCAUACUUUCCUACCUGUGCCACAUCUGGUUGUGAUGUUGUCUUUCACGUAUAGGAAUUUCUUGAAGGCCAUAAUGUUGUCUAUGCACGGUGUCAUCACGAAAAGUAUGGCAUCUCU